AUGCCGCGAAGGGGUGGCACAUCUGGUAGGCGUUGGAGCCGGCGGGCAGAGGGCCGGAUCGGUGACCGUCACGACCGUCGGUGGAGGCUGGAAGCUACCCUGGAGACACCCAAAGAUCGACAACCCUGUCGUGGCGCUCGUGAUCGAGUUCACCGCGAGACAGACCGCCGUUGCGCCGGAGCUGUAAGGACCAAGGGCGGCCACACACGCCGGAAGGUCGACGAGCAGGUCCAAGCCGUUGACAAGCUGAAGAUCGAUGCAGGGCUGAGGGAGGGCUCCAGGGCAGGAUCCUCUGAGCGUGCGGAGGAGGCAGUCUGCGAUAGGCUGACCGCGGGGGUCGAGGAGGUCGAUGUUCAACAGACAGGCGGCGACGGGGCCGACGCCGAAUGGGCCGAGGUCCAGGAGGCAAGAUGCCGUGACCCCGACCAGGGGGAGGAGGCCCCGGUGAACGACGAUGAAGUCUGGGGGAUCCGAGUGGUUGGCGUGCCGGGCCUUGAUGAGCUGGACGAGACCCGUACUGAAGAUGUUGUGGAGCUGGAGGAACUGGUUCGCAGCGAGGACGUGCUGACAACGGAUGUUGAGAAGGUUCCAGAGGUGGUGGCGAUAGAGCUGGAGCUACUUGUCGAAGAUGACCUAGUUGUUGGAGAAAAUGAGGAGCCGGGCCCAGUGGUGGCGGAGGUUACUGUCUGGCUGGUGGAAGAGGGAAGGUUUGGAGAGGAUGUUGUUGACGAUGGGCUGGCCACGGAGGAGGUAGAAGAGCUGACUCCUGUUGUAGAGGAGCUGGCUGUUCCCGAAGAAAUCGCCGUUGAUGAAGAGCCAGUUACCGAAGAAAUCGAGGAGCCGGGUGCUGUAGCAGAAGAGCUGACUGUCUGGCUAGUAGAAGAGCUAGUCGCCCCAGAGGAGGUAGCUGUUAAGGUUGAGGUUGAGAUUGAGCCGACUCCGGAAGAAGCUGAACUGCUGACUUCCGUGGAAGAGGAGCUGACUGAUGAAGAGGAGAUGAUUGCCGAAGACGUCGAAGAGUUGACUCCAGUGGCGGUGGAAGAGCUGCCUGUUAAUGAGGAACCCGUUGUUGAUGAAGUGCUGGGUAUCGUCGAAGAGAUAGCCAGAGUAGAAGUUGAUGAGCUGACGGACGAAGGAGUUAUAACAGUGGUAGAGGAGCUGCCAGUCAACGAAGAGCCGGCUGUUGACGAAGGGCUGACUGCCGACGAAGCAGAGGUGCUGGACGUCGGGCCAGUAGAGGAGCUGGUGGUCAAUGAAGAUGUGGUUGCUGAUGAAGAGGAAGAAGAGCUGACUUCCUGGGAGCUGGUCGUUUCAGAAGUGCUCACUGUCGAAGAGGAGCUAGUCGCUGAUGAACCGACUGCUGAAGAGGUAGAAAUAGGAGAGCUUGUCUCCUGCGCGGUGGAGGAGCUUCUUGUCGAAGAGAGGCCGGUUUCAGAGGAAGAGCUGGCCACGGAAGACGCCGAAGAGCUGACUGCUCCAGAAGUGCUCACGGUUGACGAAGAGCUUAUGGUUGACAGCGACGUGGCCCCUGACGAGGUAGGAGAGAUGCUUCCCCCAGUUGUGGAUGAGCUGCUUGGUGGAGCAGAAGUAGAACUGCCUAUUGCUGAAGAGCUACCUGUAGCUGAAGAACUACCUGUUGCCGAAGAACUGCCUGUAGGGGAAGAGCUAGCCGUGGGGGAGACAGAAGAGCUGACGGCUCCAGAACUGCUCAAAGUCGAGGAAUCGGCUGCUGAUGAAGAGCUACUUGUUGUCAAGGACGUGAUCGUCGACGAAGGGCUGACUACUGAGGAAGAGCUGGCUACUGAAGAAGUGAAGGAGCUGCUUGUCAAGACCGAGGAAGAACCACUUGUUGCCGAUGAACUGCCCGUUGACGAAGCUGUCACCGAGGAAGAGCUGACCGUGGAGGAGGCAGAAGAGCUGACAGGUUCAGAAGGACUCAAAGUGGUAGAGGAGCUCAAACUCGAAGAAGCACUCAAAGGGCUAGCUGGGGAAGAACUGUCUGUUGCCGGAGAACUACUUGUUGACAAAGAGACAGUUGUCGACGAGGGGCUCGUAAUCGAAGAUGUGCUGAUUACUGAGGACGAGCUGGUUGUCGAUGGAGAGCUGACUAUUCCGGUGCUGGAGGAGCUGGAAAAGGUAACAGCUGAAGAAGUGGAAGUGCUUCCUGUUAUUGAAGAACUACCUGCCGUCGAAGAACUAGCUGUUAAUGUCGUCAAGGAAGAGCUAGCCGUCGAUAAAGUAGAGGAGCUGAUUGUUGACGGUGAGCUGGCUACAGAAGUCGAGCUAGCUGUGGUUAAAGAGCCAGUUGCCGAAGAAGAGCUGACUACUGAGGAGGCGGAUGAGCUGUCUGCUGAUGAAGAACCACCUGUAAUCGAGGAAGAGCUCGUUGUCAAUGUCGUCGAGAAAGAGCUAGCCACCGAGGAAGUGGAGGAGCUGACUACUUGGCUGUUUGAAGAACUGCUUGUUGAAGACGAGCUGGCUGAAGUUGACAAGCUAGUUGCUGAAGGUGAGCUGGCUACCGAGGAAGUGGAGGAAUUGAGUACGUCGCUGUUCAAGGAACUAUCUGUUGACGAAGGGCUAGUUGUCAAUGAAGAGCUGGUUGCCGAUGGAGAGCUGACUAUUCCGGUGCUGGAGGAGCUGGAAAAGGUAACAGCUGAAGAAGUGGAAGUGCUUCCUGUUGUAGGCGUAGAAGAGUUCACUUCUGAAGUCGAGGAAGAAGUGGCUGCCGGCGAAGACGAGCCUGAGCUCGAGGAGAUAGAAGAUGAGAUGGAUGGAGUAAUUGAAGAGGUGGUAGACGGCGCAGAGGAGCUUCCUCUUGCCUCCGAACUUCCCGAUGAGCUGAUGGAGCUUGUUGUUGAAGAGGCGGACGAGGUAACAAAUGAUGCUGAGGAGCUUGGCGGACUUCCAGAUGAGUUGGCGGAUGAGGUGGAAGAGCUAGCGGUCUGUAGAGAGGAGGUAGAGGAGCUUCCCGCUGAGGAGCUGACGGAUGAUGUGGAAGCGCUUGCAGUUGAAACGCUAGAUGAGGUCGCGGGCUGUGCGGAUGAGCUUGUUGUUGAGAUCCCGGAAGAUGUGCCAGUGGAUGAUGUGGAAGCACUUGCAGUCGAAGCAUCGGACGAGCUCACUGAUUGUGUGGAGGAGCUCCCCGUUGAAGUUCCUGAAGAUGCGCUGGCUGGUGACGUGGAGGAGCUCGUUGGCGGCGGUCCUGAAGUGGAACUGGUGGAUGUUAUGGAAGUGCUGGUAUCCGAGGGGGCGCUGGGAAGUAUAGUCGACGAGGUCGUUGAAAGCGACGUGGAAGCCGUGCUGGUGGACACCGACGAAGAACCGACAGGUACGGAACCGGAGGACGUGCUGGUGGAGAUCGUGAUAGAGCUCACCGAUGACGUUGCGGAGGAUGAGCUUGUGGAUAGCAACGUAGAAGAGCUUGCGGACGAACUCGCGGACGGUAUAGAUGAGCUCGCCGAUGUUGUUCCCGAUGAACUAAUAGAUAAUGUCUCAGAGGACGUGCUGGUAGAUAGUGUAGAAGAGCUUCCCGAUGUUGGUCCCGUGGAUGAGCUGACACUGGAUAGUGUAGAAGAGCUUCCUGAUGUGAUGUCUGAGGAUGGACCAACUGUGGAAGGUGUAGAAGAGCUCGUCGAUGAGGUCUCAGAGGCUGGGUUGAUGGCAGAAGAUGUUGAAGAGGUUACAGAUGGACUAACAACCGAAACUGAAGAGCUCGUUGAUGCGGAUCCGGAGGAGCUGCCAGUACUUGGGCUGGACGAGCCGGCAGCUGAAGAGGUCGAUGAGCUAACGGUGACGCUUCCGCUGCUGCUUACCACCGUGGUAGACGUGGAUUCAGUGAUGACGGUAGUGCUGCCGGUGCCGGUGCUCGUGGGAGAAGCUGUUGAUGUAGACCCACCAGUUUCGCUAGUCGACGUCGUAGACGAGCCUACGGCGGAAGAGGAACUACUUGAAGUCGAUCCUGUAGUAGGUGAACUGGUUGACAGGGUGCUCCCAGUAGAUGACGUUGUCGUGACGACCCCAGAACUGGUUGCCUCGGUUCCAGUUGACGAGCUUGUAGAAGAUGAGAUCAAGGAGUUGGGGAGCAGGCUCGUAGUGGAGGUUGAAAUCCCGGGAGAGGAGGACGGCUGGCUCGUGGGUGUCGAGAUGGUGGAAUCAGAAGGCCCGCUGGUAGACUCAGAGGUCCCCGAAGACGAGGAUGACUGGGUCGCGGAUGUUGUGACAGAGUCCGGGAACACAGUGGUAAGCGUGGAGGUCCCCGACGAAGAUGUCAGGGUUGUGAGUGUUGUGAAUGAGUUGGGGAAUACACUGGUUGUCGUGGAAGUUCCCGAGGAAGAAGGCGUUCUGAUGGUAGAGUCAGACACUACGCUGCUAGACGUUGAGGCUUCUGAAGGUGAUGAUGACUGCGUUGUGGUUGUGGAUGAUAGGAUGGAGUUAGGCAGCGCGCUAGUGGAUGUGGAGAUGUCUGACGAGGAGGUUGGCAGGAUAGUUGAGUCGGACAACACACUGCUAGACGUCGAGGCUUCCGAAGACGAUGAUGUCUGCGUCGUGGUUGUGGAUGAUAUGAUGGAAUUAGGAAGCGCGCUGGUGGAUGUGGAGAUCCCUGAAGAAGAGGAUGAUGUGAGAGUUGUAGAAGUCAAGGUAGUCAAAUCGGUCGAUGCGCUGCCAGACGUAGAGGUUCCCGAGGAGGAGGAUGGCUGUUGUGAGGUUGUGAGCGUGGUGACGGAGUUAGGCAAGACACUAGUAGACGUAAAGACGUCUGAAGACACGGAUGACUGGGUCGAUGAAGUCGAAACAGUGGAUGCAGACAAAUCGCCGCCAGACGUCGAGGUUCCUGAAGACGAAGAUGUCUCUGUUGUAGUCGUGAGUGUUGUGAUGGAGUUGGGAAACACACUGGUAGACGUAGAGGCUUCCGAAGACGGAGAUGACUGGGCUGUGGAUGUUGUGAUGGAGCUCGGGAUCACGUUGGUGGACGUUGAGGCUUCCGACGAGGAGGAUGUCAGGCUCGUUGAUGUCGAGAUGAGGGAGUUAGGAAGUCCGCUUGUGGAAGUGGCAGUUCCGGAAGAUGACGAUGACUGGAUUGUGGAUGUUGUAAUAGGGUCUGGGGACACACUAGUGGAUGUUGAAAAUUCUGAGGAGGACGUCUGGCUUGAUGUUGAGAUAAGGGAAUUAGGAAGCCCGCUGGUGGAUGAUGAGACAUCUAAGGAGGAGGAGGAUGUCAGGCCUGUGGAUGUUGAGAUGGGAGAAUUAGGAAGCCCACUAGUGGACGUUGAUGAGUCUGAGGAGGAUGACAGGCUUGAGGUUGAGAUGAGUGAGUUAGGAAGCCCGCUGGUGGAUGAUGAGACAUCUGAGGAGGAGGAGGAUGUCAGGCCUGUGGAUGUUGAGAUGGGAGAAUUAGGAAGCCCACUAGUGGACGUUGAUGAGUCUGAGGAGGAUGACAGGCUUGAGGUUGAGAUGAGUGAGUUAGGAAGCCCGCUGGUGGACGUUGAUGAUUCUGAGGACGUCAGGCUUGAUGUUGAGAUGAGAGAAUUAGGAAGCCCAGUGGUGGAUGUUGAGACAUCUGACGAGGACGUUAGAGUUGUGGAAGAGUCUGAAGAUCCACUGGUAGACGUUGAUGAUUCUGAGGAGGAUGACAGGCUUGAGGUUGAGAUGAGGGAAUUAGGAAGCCCAGUAGUGGAUGAUGAGACAUCUGACGAGGACGUCAGAGUCGUGGAAGAGUCUGAAGAUCCACUGGUAGACGUUGAUGAGUCUGAGGAGGGCGUCAGGCUUGAGGUUGAGAUGAGGGAAUUAGGAAGCCCACUGGUGGACGUUAACGAGUUAGAAGACGUCAAGCUUGAUGUUGAGAUGAGAGAAUUAGGAAGCCCGCUGGUAGAUGACGAGACACUUGAAGAGGAGGACGUCAGGCUUGAUGUUGAGAUAAGGGAAUUGGGAAGCCCGCUGGUGGAUGAUGAGACAUCCAAAGAGGACGUCAGAGUCGUAGAAGAGUCCGAAGAUCCACUGAUGAAGGUUGACGUCCCUGAUGAAAACGAUGCCUGGCUUGUUGAUGUGGAGAUGAGAGAAUUGGGGAGUCCACUGGUAGUAGUUGUGGCUUCUGAAGAGGUAAGGGGGUUGGUAAGUCCGCUGGUGGACGUCGAGACAUCUAAAGAGGACGUCGGGCUCGUGGAUGUCGAGAUGAGAGAGUUAGGAAGCCCACUGGUGGACGUUGAGCCUUCUGAAGAGGACGUCAAAGCUGUAGAAGUCAAGACGACAGAGUCCGAAGAUCCGCUGGUGGAUGAUGAGACAUCCGAGGAGGAGGACGUCAGGCUUGUUGAUGUAGAGAUAAGAGAGUUAGGAAGUCCACUUGUAGUCGUUGAGGCCUCUGAAGAGGUAAGGGAACUGGAAAGUCCGCUAGUGGACGUCGAGAUGAGAGAGUUAGGAAGCCCACUUGUGGACGUUGAGGCUUCUGAAGAGGAGGAUGUCAGGCUUGUCGUAGUUGAGAUGAGGGAGAUAGCAGAGUCCGAGGAUCCACUGAUGAAGGUUGACGUUUCUGAGGAAAGGGAUGCCUGGCUUGUAGACGUGGAGAUGAGCGAGUUAGGAAGCCCGCUGGUAGACGUCGAGACAUCCAACGAGGACGUCGGGCUUGUUGUAGUUGAGAUCAGGGAGUUAGGAAGCCCGCUGGUAGAUGUUGAGACAUCCAAAGAGGACGUCAGGCUUGUUGAUGUCGAAAUAAGGGAGUUAGGGAGUCCACUAGUAGACGUCGCAGUUUCGGCAGACGACGAUGACUGGUCUGUAGACGUCAAGGUGAGUGAGUCGGGAGAUGCACCAGAGGAUGUUGUGACUUGGGACGAAAACGUCGUCUGGAAUGAGGAAGUUCCGGAUGUCGAUGUCGAGAUGAGGGAGUUGGGAAGGAGGCUUGUAGACGUAGAAACAUCUGAAGAGGGGGGUAUCUGGAUGGUUGACGUCUCGGACGUCGACGUCGAGAUGAGGGAGUUGGGAAGCGCGCUAGUAGAUGAUGAGACUUCUGAAGAGGGGGGUGUCUGGAUCGUGGAUGCCUGA